GAUUACCACGUCAUUUUUGUGCGCCGGAUGUUCUCCCGCAACGUGUUGAAGAGAAUUCACGUGUGGAAACCUGAAAGUCUCAAGUCAAAAAGCAUCGAUUUGUUGACUUUAGCUCAAAAUCAUGGGUCGUAAGCUAGAUCCCACCAACAAGGUGAAGAGGGGGCCGGGUAAGAAAGCCAGAAAGCAGAAGGGAGCAGAAGUUGAGUUGGCCAGCUUUAUCACAGAAGAAGAUACAGGACCAAAACGUUUGUCAAGUAGAGCCAGAAAAAGAGCCGCUAAGAGAGUUCAGAACGUGAAAAAGCCAGAAGUCACCGCUGAGAAGCAACCAAAAAAAGGAUACAGCGAUGACAACAGUAAAUGGUUGAAACCCAUCAAGAGGAAGCGCAAAAUUGAUGAAGCUGAAAGUGAGGAUGACAGCGAGGAGCAGUGGGAAGACGAGGAGGAAGAGGAAGAGCAGGUGCUUCCGCAAAAGAAAGGCGGAAAAGGGCAAGAAAAGAAAAGUGCAGAAUUGGGAUUGAAGAACCUGGAUGAUGAUGAUGAAGCAGCUGAUGAUGAUGAUGAUGAUGAUGAUGAAGAAAUGGUUGACGACUAUGGUGCUGAUGAUGAUGAUGAUGAUGAUGAUGGCAGUGGAGAGGAAGAAAAGGUGGAGGAGGACAGUGACGGAGACGACCUUCUUCCCAUUGAACGUGCUGCAAAAAAAGAGAAAAAGCUGAAGGAAUCCAUGGCUCUAAGCAGUGAUGAUGAUGAUGACGAUGAUGAUGAAAUGGAGGAGGACGACGGUGAUGACGAUGAGCAGAAGUCAGAUGCGGACAUGGAUGAGGAGGACGCUAUCCAAACUAACACGGAUGAUGUGGAUAACUUCAGGUUACCCUCUGCUGAGGAGAGUGAGAAGGAGGGUGUCCUGUCUGUGGACCUGAAGACAGUCCAUCAGAGAAUAAAGGACAACAUCGACGUCCUCUGUAACUUCUCGGCAAAAAGGGAGGAGGGGAAAGACAGGGCGGAGUACCUCUCUCUCCUGAAGAAAGAUCUCUGUACUUAUUACAGCUACAACGACUUCCUCAUUGAGAAACUGAUGGACAUCUUCCCUCUCUCAGAGCUUGUUGACUUCCUUGAAGCCAAUGAGAUCCAGAGACCGGUCACAAUUCGAACAAACACGCUGAAAACAAGGAGGCGGGACCUUGCACAGGCUUUGAUCAACCGGGGAGUAAACCUGGACCCACUGGGGAAAUGGUCUAAAGUGGGUUUGGUCAUCUACGACUCCUCAGUGCCUGUCGGUGCAACCCCAGAGUAUCUGGCCGGUCACUACAUGCUGCAGGGAGCCUCCAGCUUCCUUCCUGUGAUGGCGCUCUCUCCACAGGAGGGGGAGCUGGUGUUGGACAUGAGCUCGGCUCCUGGAGGAAAGACUUCUUAUAUGGCUCAGCUGAUGAGAAACACAGGAGUGAUCGUAGCCAAUGAUGCCAACGCUGAAAGACUGAAGAGCGUGGUUGGAAACCUUCACCGCCUCGGCGUCACCAACGCUGUGGUCUGCAACUACGAUGGCAGACAGUUCCCAAAGGUAAUGGGAGGCUUUGACAGAGUGCUGCUUGAUGCACCGUGCUCCGGCACUGGAGUCAUUGCAAAAGAUCCAGCUGUGAAGACCAGUAAGAACGAAGCAGAUAUCCUGCGCUCUGCUCAUCUGCAGAAAGAACUGCUUUUAUCAGCCAUUGACUCUGUAAAUGCCACAUCUACAUCUGGAGGAUACCUGGUCUACUGCACAUGCUCAAUAACGGUGGAGGAGAAUGAGUGGGUGGUGGACUACGCUUUGAAGAAAAGGAACGUCAAACUAGUCCCAACAGGACUUGAUUUUGGGAAGGAAGGCUUCACCAGCUUCAAGAAAUUUAGAUUCCAUCCUUCCCUGCGACUGACGCGCCGUUUUUACCCACAUUCCCACAACAUGGAUGGAUUUUUUGUGGCCAAAUUUAAGAAGUUCUCUAAUGUAAUCCCAUCUGCUUCGGUUGGAAAAGAAGACGAGAAAAAAGAGGGUGCUGAGGCUAUAGAAGCUACAGACUCUCCUAAGGACAAACCGUCCAAAGGCAAAACGGCCAAGGAAACGGUCCCGGCAAAGACGGAUGCCGUAAAGCAAAAAGCCAAAACUAACGGAACAGCAGCAGCUAAGAAAUCAGCAAACGUCAAAACUAAAGGACAGCAGAACUCGCAGACUGGACCAAAGAAGGCAAAGAUUGCCAAAAUGGAUGGAGAGACUGUGAAGAAAGCCCAGGGGAAGAACCCUGCAAUGAAGACCCCCGAGCAGAAAAACGCAUCAAAAACUGUCAAAAAAGAUGGAAGCAGGUUUGAGAAAAAGCAAACCAAAAAGGGCAAAUCGCCCUUGAAGAUGAAGAACAGGAUGGGAAAGAAUAAAUUCAAGAAGAUGAAGCAUAAGUUGCAAAAAAACAAAUAAAGGAUGACGUGUAAACUGAAAUAUUUUGGAUCACAUAGAAACUUUGUAAAGCUAAUGAAAUAUCUGACUCUACUUCUCUACGUUUUAAAUAAUGUUUUGGUUAGUGUGCUCUGUUGUUUCAGAGCAGUAUGUUAGAUAUGCCAUGGCUGUGUGCUGAUGGCCUUGAUUCAUUUUUUUUGUUUUUAGAAGAUUCAUUAUUGUUUGUUGGUUUGAUUCAGGUGAGUGUAAACCUCAUUUCUGAUCAACUUAAAUAAAUCUUCUAAGGCCUUUU